UGUGGUCGUGGUGGCACUCGGGUUUAUAUAGCCUUGUGAAAAUACUGAAUAAGGAACUUUUCACACACUUAAAGGAAGAUGUAUUUUUUACAUGUGCUCUUGUUUCCCCUUUGUGCUGUAAAUGUCAAAGAUAAGUUGUAAUUGGCAUGUCAUACUGGCUCAGAAAAUGUCAAAGAUAAGUUGUAAUUGGCAUGUUACCUCAAGUUAAACAUUUUUUGCAUACAAAUACCAAGCUUCACCUUAGGUUUACCUGUAAGUAGGUAAGUUAUAUUUGCUAAUGACCUUUCAGACUUUUCCAUCUUUUUAGUGUAAUUUCUCCUUCAUUGUUAUCACUUCUGCCAUCAGUUUGUCUGCAGAGAGCAUUGACAAUGCAGUGUAUUAUACCGGGAUCAAAUAUCAAAGUGUUUGGCCGCGCCGUGCACGCGCUGGCCAGGAUCGGUGACGAGCUGUACGUGGACCCGGAGAGGACGGCCGUCUCGCUGCGCACCGUCAACUCGUCACGAUCGGCGUACGCGUCGGUCGAAUUCCAGCCGACCUUCUUCGCGCAGUACCAGUGCGGCGCUGGUGCCGGCGGCCAGGAGCCCGUCAAGUGCAAAGUGGCCCUCAAGGCAUGUUUGUCGGUUUUUCGGUCUCUGGCAUCGCUGGACAAGUCAGUGGAGCGUUGCAGAAUAGCCCUGGAAGAGAGCAACUCCCGUAUGGUCGUGCAGCUGGAAUGCAAACACAAAAUAAAGAAAACCUAUCACAUCGCCUUCAUAGAAUGUGAAACACUGCAGGCGGUGUACUCGCCGAGCGAGGCGUCCAACCGUCUGACGGCGGCGCCGCGCCUGCUGGUGGACGCGGCGGCCAACUUCCUCACCGGCCAGGAGGAGGUGACGCUAGCCGUCUCCCACCGGCAGCUCGGCCUCCGCAACUACACCGACGACGAACCGGACCCGGGGAAGGCGAUCCGCACAGCCCUAGCUCUGAACCCAGCCGAGUUCGACGGCUACUCGAUCGGCGCAGAGUGCGAGGUCACCUUCUGCCUGCGCGAGCUGCGCGCUGUGCUGCUCUUCAGUGAGCCACUGGCGGCGCCCCUCACAGUCAACUUCGACGGACCCGGACGGCCCAUCGUGUUCUGCUGCUCGGCGCCGUCCACCCUAGAGGCGCACUUUGUACUGGCCACUCUGGCCGAGCGGACCGAGUCGCAGGCGGGCUCGCAGCCGGCGCCGGCCGCCGGCGUCACAGCCCACACGGGGAACGGGGAUCACGUGUCGGCGGCCGCGACGUCCCACAACGGGACUCUGAGCGGCAUAGUGCGGCCCAACAGCCGGUGUAACGGGCGCGUCUCGGACACACCGACCCCGCGCCUCAACCCCGGACAACCAGCGUGCACCAGCACACCUCUGGACCUGGAGCCGGGCGCUGGCGACGGUCCGCCGCCGUCCCCGCCCUCUGCCGCGGCGGACGGCGAUGACGCCAUUCCCGGCACGCCGCCGGCCAAGCGGGCCAAGUUCACCUUCCAGCGGUGCUUCAACCUGACCAUGGACCCGCUACGGGUGCCCGGCCACGAGCGGGUGCUGGCGCCCGACUCUGACGAGGAUUGACGGACCGGCACGCUGUCGGACCGGGCGGCACAGGGCGUGCUCCGGCCCGCGGCGCAGGGGAUGAGGGGAACGCGGCUGUGAUUCGUGAAUCGUGAUACCGUGGCAGUACAAAGAACGGCGGCGUGGGGAGAGAAACCACGUCCGCCACCGGGUGGGUCUCACGGCGAGGUCUGGUCGGCGCAUGGUCUAUCCCCACGGUGUUUUUGCGGGUAAUGUCGAUGUAAGUAAAAUCGACCUUUGUUGCCAUUAUUCCAUUUUCAUGCCUUGUUCACCAAUUGUUGUGUAUUGUCUCAUAGAUAAUCAAUUUUCAUACGUGAUGUGCACUCCAGGUAAUAAACAACAUAAAACAUAA